CUGUGCAGGGCAGUGGCUAGUGUGAGAGAAAUCAUUAGCAAUGCAAACUCAUGGUGUUCUGGCUCACAGAAUCACUAAUGGGAAGAAAUCCAUCUAUACUGAUGGUAACUCAAUUGUUUCUGGGCGUGUUUGUGCACUACUUCUACUGAAGACCUGGAAUCGAAAAUGAACUGGGCGUCCUUUUAUGCCGUCAUCAGCGGUGUAAACAGACACUCCACGGGCAUCGGUCGCAUCUGGCUCUCUGUCCUCUUCAUCUUCCGUAUCCUGGUCUUGGUGGUUGCAGCAGAGAGUGUGUGGGGCGACGAGAAGUCCGGCUUCACCUGUAAUACCCAGCAGCCCGGCUGCAACAGCGUCUGUUAUGAUCACUUCUUCCCCAUCUCACACAUCCGUCUGUGGGCCCUGCAGCUCAUCCUGGUGUCCACCCCAGCCCUGCUGGUGGCCAUGCAUGUGGCCCACCGCCGACACAUCGACAAGAAACUCUACAAGCUGUCUGGCCGGGCCAGCCCCAAGGACCUGGAGCAGAUCAAGACCCAGAAGAUGAAGAUCGCAGGUGCCCUCUGGUGGACAUACAUCAUCAGCUUGUUCUUCCGCAUCAUCUUUGAGGUGACCUUCAUGUAUCUCUUCUACAUGAUCUACCCCGGCUAUAAGAUGAUCCGGCUGGUCAAGUGUGACUCGUACCCCUGCCCCAACACGGUGGACUGCUUUGUGUCCAGGCCCACAGAGAAGACCGUCUUCACUGUGUUCAUGCUGGCUGUGUCAGGGAUCUGUAUCCUGCUCAACAUUGCAGAGGUGGUCUUCCUAGUGGGAAAGGCCUGCAGUAGGCACUUAAGCAAUGCUGGAGACUCAACCAUGGGAGCAUGGAUCACCCAAAAGCUCUGUUCCUACUAGAACAAACUAAAUGGACCAGCACUGUGUAACUGGAAUUGGGCACAUAUGUUCAAAGCUCAAAGUAAUGGCCUUAACAACACUCAUUCAUUCUGCUUACAGUGCCAUGAUGAGGUGUUCACACUUUCUCUAUACUUGUUGAAAUGACACUUCAAAUAGAUAUGACUCAAAGGACAAUUUCAGUUUGGAUAUAAAACAAGCUCCAGAAGAGGAGACUGAAGAAACGUAUGGUAAACUGAUUUAUUAACAGUCCCUUACCUUGUAACGUCUCAAAUUUAGCUGAAUUCAAUAUGCAGUCACCUUCGAUAUACUCUGCAAGAUUCAAGCAACUAAACCAGCUCAUCAUCCAUUCUGUAUUAUGAUUCAUAAAUAGCUUUCAAUUCCUGACAGACAUUUUAAUCACUGAUAAUGCGGCAUCAUUAGGACAAAGCAUUGGUACCCCUGGUUUAUUGUAAAUAGUAACCCAAGAAAACUGUCCAACUGAUGAAUUUAACCAACAUUUGGUGGAGUAUUACUAAUAACUAUGAGGCUAUUCCAAAGCACUACUAAUAACUAUCUCACUUUCAUAGUGAAAUAUCAAAUGCUUCAAGACAUCCAAAUAGUGUUUUGAAUGCUAUGAAUGAGACUGAUUAUGCAAGUGUAGAGAGUAAAAUAGAAUAGUGAAUGAGAAAAUAUGCUUAGUUGAAGUUACAAUAAAAGAACCAAAUGAUUAGUGAACAUGUUUUCAUGUCUAUCUCAUAGUUUUUCUUACUAUAUACAGCAUUGCUGCUUUAAAACUAUUGUGUGUGUGAGAGAAAGGAUAAUAGAUGUUUAGAAUUUGUGGUACUGUAAAGGUUUUACUUCAUUAAAUAUAUAUAGUAUUUUACUUCCUGUUUUGUUGUAUACCAUGCCUUGUUAUGUUGAAUGUCUUGCACAUAUUUGUA